UCAAACUAACCUUUUUUUUCAAGCCAUUCUGCGCCAGGAGGUAAUGUAUCUUCAAGAAGGAUGCUCUCCGCGCAAGUGUGGACUUCUUCUAGGCAAGUUUCAACCUUUCAAUCAUCUUUCCAUGAAUUCGCUGAGUUUGUGUAUCUGUUUUCUUCAUCUUGCGCUCUUCCAAGUUAAAGCACAGACAUCUGCAAAUCAGUAUGGAGUAGCUUCACCAGAUGCGGUCUCCAAUUUUCAGCCUAGCCUCGCUGUGGUGAUUGGCAUCCUCGCUAUCAUGUUUUCUUUAACUUUUAUCCUCCUGCUAUAUGCAAAGUUCUGCAGAAGCACAUCAUCCAACUCUGUCCGCACUAACCUGCAAAUUACAGAUGGCCUGCCUCGUUCAAGGUCACGUUUCUCAGGGAUUGAUAAAACUGUUAUUGAAUCCCUUCCUUUCUUUAGAUUCUCUUCUUUGAAGGGGUCCAGAGAGGGGCUUGAAUGUGCAAUCUGCUUAUCAAAAUUCGAAGAUAUUGAAGUUCUUCGGUUACUGCCAAAGUGCAAGCAUGCCUUUCACAUCAAUUGUCUUGAUGAGUGGCUAGAGAAGCACUCAAGCUGUCCACUUUGCAGGCAUAAGAUCAGUGCCGAUGAUCUUUCAAGCUUCACUUAUUCGAAUAGUUUGAGAUUCAUGUGGAACGAAGCAGAGCUAAAAGAGGAAUCCAACAUGGAGCUUUAUGUUAAAAGAGAAGAAAGUUGUCUGGGAUCUUCAAGAUUUAGUAUUGCCAGCAGUUUUGGGAAAACAGGAAAAGAUGUGAAGGAAGACGAAUUGCCAAUUCAGCUAAAUGGCGAUGCAGACGAAAAUGGAAAAAUCUUUCACAAAUUUAACCACAAAAUAGUUGUCUCUGAUGUUGUCCUCAUGAAGAAUCGUUGGAGCAAUGUGAGUUCUUCAGACCUGAUGUUCUUGAAUUCAGAGAUGCUUAAUGACGUGUCAAGCAACAGAUUCUCCGCUUUGGAAUCGGGUAUUACCGGGCAAUCGACUCCAACAAGAGUGAUUGGAGAUGGUGAACUGAUGAAUAUUAAGCAGGAAAUGGACAGAAAAAGAGAGUUUGAGAUCAAGUUCAGCAAAAUCCAGCACAAUGAUUCAUUUCCACCAUUACCAAACUUUGCAAGAGCUUCAUCAGGGUCUAAAGGGGAUUCAAGAAUUAAUGAAUCAAAUGUCCUGAAUCCCUCUGAGAAGAGAUCCAUGUCAGAGAUAAUAGUUCAUCCAAGAUUUAGAGAGUUCAACACCAGGAAUAAUGACGAUAGAGAGCCAUUCAAUCCAGAGAACAGUGUGAAGGAGGAAAAAAUAAGGAGACUUUGGCUGCCAAUCGCAAGAAGAACAGCUCAAUGGUUUGCCAACAGAGAGAGAGGAUCAACUCAGCCUCAAAACACAAGGCAAUCUUUGAAUGCUUAAACAUCCAAUAUAAAGUCUCUGCCGUAUUCAGGGAUUUGAAGUUCUUGAAACCUGGUGCAGUUUUGGAUUCUGGUUUUUGGUUAGCCACUCGUUGAAAUCCUCUAUAGAUAGUAGAAUUAGUUUGAUAGGUACUUUCUUCUUCUUCUUGUUUUUUUAAUAGUCUUUUGUAGACAUAUUUUCAGCUGCUAAUUGACUUGUCACAGAAAUAAACAUGAGAAUACUUGCAUCAACAUUGUACACAAAAUCACUUAGGUUAAUAUUCAU